CUGAUUCUUGGUUGCAGAAACCUCAAGCUUUCUUCCAUGGUGAUAACUGGGCAAAAGGGGUUCUCUAGAAUUGGAAAUAAAGUCUAGAAAUUGUCUCAGAAUGGGUGGAUGAUGAUGGAGAACUCAUCUGAAUUUGGUUGUCAGAUAUCUGGUAGCUCUACAGGGUUGAAUUUUAAUAGAAACCCAAGAUCAAUUCUAACGGGAACUGUUAGAUUUUCCGGUGAUUCGGAUCAUGAUUCUGGAAUACGAUUGGAUCACGUUAGAACACAGUUUGGUCGCUUUGGGGAGGGUGGUGGUGAAGUUAUCCGACCCGUGGAACGUAAAGACGUUAGCUUGAGACAAUGGUUGGAUGAUGGAAAACGAGCUGUGGAUGAUGUCGAAUGUUUGCAUAUAUUCAUGCAGAUUCUAGAAAUUGUGAAUUCAGCGCAUUCCAAAAAGAUUGUUGUUCAUAAUCUUCGGCCUUCUAGAUUUACCAUCUCUCCGCUUAAUCUUGUGUUGUUUCUAGAAUCUGCAUCUUGCUCGGAUCCAGAUUCUGAUUCUAGUCGGAAUGUGUUGAACAUCCAGAAAUCUGGUUUUGAAGCACAAAAUCACGGAAAUGUCUCUGAAACGGUAUCAGAUUUAGUGAAUUUAGAGGAAACGAAAGAAAGAAAACGGUCUUUCCCCGUGAAACAAAUACUAGAAAUGGAAACCGAUUGGUAUAGAAGCCCCGAGGAGGCUGCUGGUGAUCCAAGUUCUUGUGCUUCUGAUGUUUAUCGACUAGGGGCACUUCUCUUUGAGUUAUAUUGCACUUGUAGCUCGCCAGAUGAGAAGAAUGCGUCCAUGGCUAGCUUGAGACAUCGCGUCUUCCCUCCUCAGUUCCUACUAAAAUGGCCAAAAGAAGCGUUAUUUUGCCUGUGGUUACUGCAUCCCGAGCCCGCUAGUAGACCAAAAAUAGAUGAAGUGUUGCAAAGCGAGUUUCUUACCGAACUUAGAGACAACUUAGAUCAACGAGUAGCGGCGAUAGAACUUCAACAAAGGAUUCACGAUCACGAGUUAUUGCAGGAAUUUCUUCUAAUUAUGCAACGACGCAAACUGGAAGCCGCAAAUAAUUUGCAUAGUAUCGUUUCCGUUCUAACUUCAGAUUUGGAAGAAGUCGUAAAAUUGCAAUCAUCUAUUACCAAAAAAUCUGGAUCAACUUCAGAUCUUCGAGAUCCCCCUUUAGAUUUUCCUUCUAACAAUGAUUCUGCAAGUUCAGGAUCAAGAAAACGCAUCCGAUCGGUCAUUCAGACCCAUAAUUCUGAAGAAUCUAACGUUCAACAAGACGGCUUUCAGAAAUCCGAAAAUCUAGAAAACGCCAUCUCGAAAACUCCUAGAUUGAUGAGUAACUUUCGGAAACUAGAAUCUGCGUACUUUUUAACUAGGCGCAGGGCUUUCAAACCAGAAAGAAGUUCGGCUAAUGGUUUUUCGUCAAGAGAGCGGUUAGCGGGACGGCAAACUCGAUGGAUAGAUUCGUUCUUGGAUGGAUUACGCAAGUAUCUAUCUUUUAAUAAACUGAAAGUGAAGGCGGAUUUGAAACAAGCCGAUCUUUUGAGUUCUUCUAAUCAUGUAUGCUCUUUGAGUUUUGAUCGCGAUGGAGAAUUCUUUGCAACGGGCAUGAAUAAAAAGAUUAAAGUUUUUGAAUAUGAUUCGAUCUUGAACGGAAAUCGUGACGUUCAAUACCCGAUUGUUGAAAUGGCGAGUAGAUCGAAGCUCAGUAGUGUAUGUUGGAACCGAUAUAUUAAAGGUCAGAUUGCUUCGAGUAAUUUCGAAGGCGUAGUACAGAUAUGGGAUGUUACACGAAAUCAAGCGAUUACGGAAAUGAGAGAGCACGAGAGGCGUACAUGGUCCGUGGACUUCUCAUCAGCCGAUCCCACUUUGCUGGCCAGCGGAAGCGAUGAUGGUUCCGUUAAGCUCUGGAAUAUCAAUCAGGGAGUAAGCGUAUGUACCAUUAAGACAAACGCUAACGUCUGUUGUGUUCAGUUCCCUUCCGAUACCGGUAACUCACUCGCUUUCGGUUCUGCUGAUCAUAGAAUCUAUUUCUACGAUCUUAGAAAUCCAAGCGGACCGCUUUACACGUUGGUUGGACAUGAAAGAACCGUUAGUUAUGUCAGAUUUCUAGAUUCGACAACUCUGGUAUCAUCGUCAACGGAUAACACGUUGAAGCUUUGGGAUUUGUCGGAAUGUUCGUCCGAAGUUCUCGAUAGUCCGCUUCAGUCGUUCACGGGCCACACGAAUCUAAAAAACUUUGUUGGGUUAUCUGUAUCUGAGGGUUAUAUCGCUACCGGUUCAGAAACAAACGAGGUUUUCAUCUACCACAAAGCUUUCCCUAUGCCGACAUUGGCGUACAAAUUCAACACGAUUGAUCCGAUUUCUGGAGAUGAAGUGGAUGACACCGAACAAUUUGUGUCGUCCGUUUGUUGGCGAAAUCAGACCUCGAGUUUGGUUGCUGCAAAUUCUAUGGGAGAUGUCAAGCUCUUAGAGAUGGUUUAGUCAGAAAAAAAGCAUGUAGGAUUAGAAAAUUUCCUGUAAAUAUAUGAUUACAGUUGAUGUUACCAUCAUACCAGUAAAAUUCAAAUGAAAACCAACUAGUUUAUGUAUUAUUCACUAUGAAU